AAACAAAAACAAACUGACAUCUUUUACACGAGGCGUUUUAAGAAGAACUCUUCUACUUUUAAAAAAGAAACUAUAUUUUUACAAUAAUUAAAUACAAAUUGAAAUAUAUUCUUUUAAAUUAUAUUGAUAAUCGCCUUUUGACGAUGGGAAAAGUAAACAAAACACGAGCUCUGAAACAAAAACUCGCCAAGCGAGUAGAUGCCACUAAAAAAGCAGUCACGUCUAUUGCAUCUAAGGUCUCAUUCAAGGCGAAAGAAAAGGCAUCAGAUAAAAGAAACUUAAUAUCCCAAACACCCACCGGACUAACGCCAAAGAAGCACACAAACAAAAAGGAGAAAUUUCGACUCAAACACAAGAACCUUCUGACUAAAUUUGCCCAACAAAAGAAGCAGAAGAAGGAAGAGAUCGCCAAGAAGAAUCGUGAAAAAACUGCUGUAGUUGGUGACAUGAAACCGCUGAAGGAUGCUCUGCCAUCUCUGGACGAACUAUUUAAAUUGAGCAGAGAAAAUCUCAAAACUGGAACUCCUGCCGAACCCGAGGUCACGAAGAAACUCAACAUCAAAGACAAGAUCAAGAAGAAAAACAAACAAUUUGUUAAUCGAGUGAGUUCCUUGCAAGCUCUACUCAAAGAUCCCGACUUCAAAAAGAAUCCACGAGAAGCUAUAGCGUAUGCUAUAAAAUAUAAACACGGUUUGAUUGAUGAGUAAAACAUU